AAGAUUUAUUGGAAAGCUCAAUCUUCCCAGUAGCUGAAAAUGCCCAAAGGCCAUAACUCACCUCUAUAUAAAGCCCACUCCAUCGCACCACUUGACCCAAGCCAUCACAACAGCGUUGUCUUGUCUUAUAACCAAGUCCGGUUACACUGACAGCAUUCGUGAUGAAGACCACCACCCUCUCCUCCCUCCUCCUCCUCUCCUCCCUCCUCCUCCUCCUCCUCCUCCCGAGGGAGGCUGCCGCCGCCGUGAACUGUGCUGUUGUUGCUGCCAAGGCAGCACCAUGCCUGAGCUUUGCGACAGGCAAGGUCCCGAGGCCUCCCGCGGCGUGCUGCGCCGGGCUGCAGCAGCUCGCACAUCAGGCCGUCACGGUCGCCGACCGGAGGACCACUUGCCAUUGCUUGGAGAACGGAGUGAAGAGAUUCCCCGGGGUGCAAGACAGGUUCCUCAGCAAGAUCCCCGCAGCUUGUAACAUCAGAGUUGGCUUUCCAGUUUCCCGCAACACCAACUGUGACAGGAUUAAGUGAACUGGGGAGUUGGCGAGAAGCCAGCAAGUUAUCGUAUGUCUCAUAUAAAUAAAGGGAUCAUUGGCUCUUGCUUGAAGAAGGUUUAGCCAUACAUGCACAUGUAA